GUGUCACGAAUGUUUUGCAACAAUAAGAUGACGUCACUUAAAGACGUCAUUUGACAACGUCUCCUAGCAAUAUCAGAAUGGGGGCUGAAAGAUAUCCAUGAUGGGCGCUGCAAUUUGCCAUUAGCUGAAAUGUCCUCACAUAAGGUGAGAAUCAUAAAAGUUGAGCCCUCAGCUGGUACAGGAUCUUUACCCCCAGUGAGGGCAGAUACAAAGAAACUUAUGGAACAACAGAUUAUGUUGGCAAAUAAAAGAAGUCAAGUUUUUACUUACAAGGGACCAAGACAGACCCGAAGUCGUUCUGUACCAGACAGAACAUUUAAAGAGGUUCAGUUUACGCAUGCACGGGAUCAGAGUUUACAGAGGGGUACAGCGGCGGAAUAUAGCGACGAUUUUACCGAUUCAAGCGACGAUGAUUUAGAAGAGGAGGAUGUCAAGCUAACAAAUUCACCAAAGCAGGAAUUAGAACAACUGGCUGCUGAUAUAAGUACGAGUUUAGAAGACAAAGAGGAAAAUCUUAGAGAGUCAAUGGAUGUAUCAGCAUAUAAAGGGGUAGAUAGUACAAACAUGAAAAACGAGGCGGGAAAUAAGGAAAAUGAAGACCUUGAUAAAAAAGAUAAAGUUGUAAACGCAGAAAAGGAAAACAUUGCGACCACUACUAACGAAUGUGACCAGGGAAAUGAGAAGAAGAAGAAAAAGAAGAUGAAGCUACCAAGUUGUUUUGGUUUCAUUUCAACUUGGAUGGCCAAAAGGAAAGAGAAACGUCGGGAAAAGAAAAGAAAGGCUAUAGCUAGCCGCGCUCCCACACCAACGCUAGUUCAAUAUGAGCACAGAAAAGCACGUGGCGGGGAGUCUUUUACUAUUGAGGUAGAUUGCAAACCAAUAGAAAUGAAGCCGAUAUUGCCGCCAAUAAAGAAAGCUGACGGGCCUAUACGACUAGCUUGUGAGGCUCGACAAGAAAAGGCCGAAGCCAAAAGAAAUGAGGAGCUUUCGAAAAAGAAGGUUCUGGCAAGAGAGCACCAGAGAAAAAAGAUUGAAUGCAAGCAAAGAAAGGAGGAGUCCGAACACCGGUUUCAGGAAAGAGUUCGACUCACUAUCAGAUAUAGACAGGCAGACGCAGAAAGGAAUAGGAGCCGCAUGUCGUCUCAAAGAGCCAGCAUUAGCCGGAUGUCAACCAGAGCAAGAAGCUCACUGGCUGUUUCCUCCUCCUCAGAGUCUGUCGACGAGGGCAAUAAGAACGCCCUCAAGGUCGGCAGCUCUCACUAAAUUUUAAACCGGCCGACACUCCCUAUUAAUAGUAGGCCCAUACAUUUUGCUAUUGUCACGUGAUAGGAAGUUUUUUUCAAAAAGACUACAAAAUUAAACAAUUUAAUCUCCUUUUCCCAGAUCAUUUUUCCUUUUUUAAUGUAAAACUUCUUUUUACAUUUAAUUAUCAGAUGACAUUUUUUUAUAUAUUUGUUUUCAGCCUUUACUUUUGUGAUACUUCUAUACGAAUUUCAAAUCAUAUUGUUUGUAACAUAUGUCCAUUGCCAAUUUAUUCAUUGCCAAUUUUUUUAGUUUGUUUU